AUGUUACAAAAUUCAAGAGAAAUAGGGAAACUUCUCUUUGCGGGGCUCAGGGAGAAGUAUUUUACAAGUGAAUGUGAUGCGGCCACGUUGAUGAGAAACCACCAUGUACGGUGUUUUAUCUUGCAAAUACAUAACUUUGUAAGUAUUGAGCAAUUUAUGAGAUUAAUCAAUGAUUUACAAGGAUAUGCCUAUAAGAUGCAGUUUGAUUCACCUUUAAUCAUAGCUAUAAAUGAAGAAACAUACAACUUUUUAACUAGAGUAGUACAGAUUAAAGAGCUAACGUUAUUUCCAACAUAUAUGGCAUUAACGGCUACCCGUGACAUAAAUAAGAUAUUCGAUGUUGGGAAAGCAAUGGGUAUUGAAUUGAAGUCAAUAGGCAUAAAUAUGGUGUUUGGCCCAAGUUUGGAUAUUUGUUCUAAAGUUGUGAUGGACGUGAUUGGGACUAACAGUUUUGGUGUAAACCCUGACGAGGUUAUAAGAUUUGGCGGAGCUUUUCUCUAUGGACUCAAGGAGGGCGGUCUUAUUACCAAUGUUGGGCAUUUUCCUGGAAUUGGUAAAAGCUAUGUUCAUAGAAUUGGUGAAGUCCCAGUCCUAUUGGAUUCAUUGUCAGCAUUAGAGAGUUUCAAUUGUUUACCCUUUAAAAAAAUCAUUGAGCAUAAUUUAGUCGAUUCAGUAUUGGUAUCUACAGUUUUAAUACCUAAUGCAGUGAGUAAAGAUGCUAAUGCUUGCUUAAAUCCCAAAAUAGUUGAUGGAAUGUUAAGAAAUGAUAUGAACUUCGAUAAAUUGGUUAUUGCGGAAAAUAUAGAGGUUCAAGAUCUGUAUGUGAAGUAUGGUAUAGGCCAAGCAGCCUCAAUAGCCAUUGCUUAUGCGCAUUGUGACAUGGUCAUGGUAGUCUCUAACUUUGAAUAUCAACUGGAAGCAUUGGAAUAUUUAAGUAAAGCAUUUUCUGAUGGAAAUUAUCAAUCAACUUUAAUUAAUGCAAUCAGGAGAAUUGAUGAAUUCUUAGGUAAGGUAUCUUGGUCAGAUGAUAAUAUCAAAGUAAAUAGUAUAAUUUUGGAUGAGCAUAGAGAGUUGGCCAUCACAGCUUUCAAGAAAUCGAUUACUCUGGUUAAAAACUUGGAAAACUUAAUACCACUGAAACACUAUAAUAAUCCAAGUAAUAAUAUUUUUGGCAGUUCAGAAGUUCUAACAUUUACACCAAAUUUGAAUGAGACAUAUAGGAAAGUGGUAAAGCUUCUUAAAAGUGGUAAUGAUAAGCAUGGUAUUAGUGCUUCUAACAUAGUAUACACUACCAAAAGAUUUACCAGUGAUAUAAAGAGAAAAAUUGCUGGGUCUUGGAUGGUUAUACUUUUUGCUGAUGACUUGUGUUCGAAUCACUAUAUACUUGAUUUGAUUAAAGAAAUAAAUGACUGUUUAACUUCUAGUCAACAUUUGGUGGUUGUAUCUGCUGAUUCGCCCUAUUAUUUUUUUAAUGAUGAAUCUUUGGUGCCUACAUUUAUAUGCACAUAUGGUGAUUCUUAUGAAGCUUUAAAACUGGUUCCGGAAUUAAUAUUUGGGAACUAUGAAGCAUGUGGCGUUAUCCCGGGAGAAAUAAACAAAGAAAAGGAUUUUCAGGGUGUUCUCAGUGAAUUAUCAAAUAGUGAAUAUACAAAUGGAAACGAUAGGUCAAAAUUUGAAAUAUUAUUAAACAAACCAAGUCGAAAGGAAAUUGAUAUAGAUGAAUCAUACAAAAUGACACUACAGGCUGGUGAAUUGAAUACCAGCACAAAAAUGAAAAUAAAAUCCUGGGUGGUCGAAGAAUUUGAUGGUACUCGAGAUUCUUCCUUGUUCAAUAUGCUUAAAUCCAGUAUAGUUAGUAAUUCCAAUCGUUUGAUUGAUUUAGAUAUGUUUACUAGAACUUGGGAGUUUACGGAAUAUUUCAGUGAUUUCUAUAAAACUUUUGUUGUCCGAAACCCAACAUUAAAUUUGGUUUAUGGAAUGGUCGUGGUUAUAGUCGAUGAUAUCAGUAAAAUUGGACAUAUCUGUUAUAUGAUGGUUAGUAAAGGUAAGCGAAGACAAGGUGUGGGUGAAGCAUUACAUCAACAUGCUAUUAAGUAUAUGACAAUUGAUAGAAAUUGUACAACAAUUCUACUGGGAUGUACUUUCCCUAUGUUUAGCAUUUUCCCACCAAACAUUAUAGACGAGAUAUUUACCGUUCUGGAGUAUCUGCGAACGAAAAAUCAAUUUAACCUUGAUGUUGAUGAUGUAUCGAUGCAGCUAAUUGGGUUUUUCAAGUCAUUUGGUUGGAGUUAUACGAGGCAGAACAAAGGCUUGUGUCAGCUAAGCAGGAAGAUACUGAUGAUAUUGAACUACAAGGAUUGGACUUUCCCCAUGAAAGACAACAGUUACGAAUUCUUGCAAAAUGUAAUUGAUCUAAGCAUCAGGUUUGAUAUCGAAGAUGACGCCACUAGCGGGUUCAACGUCACUUUAAAAAAGCUGAGAAAUGGCGAAUUCGAUGAUUAUGAAGAGAUGUUAUUUCCUCAAAUGUAUUCUGCUACAAAACUAGUUAUCGAACACGAGCUAAAAGAAGUUGCACAAGGGUUCAAGCGAAACACGUUUUGCAUAUAUGCAAGAAUAAAUGGGGUUAUAUGUGGGGGAUGUAUAGUGUACACCAGCCAUAGUAGGCUAUCUCUAUUCUAUCCAUUCAUUGAACAUGUGAAGGGUAGUACGGAUGAAGUUAUUGCAGGAAUCACGGGGUUCUUCAUAAACUAUAAAACUGAAAAUGGCAAUAAAACUGGCAGAGGCAACAUCAAUGACAAUGAACUGAUCAAGUUGGGAAUUUUAUCAGCGUGCAUUGAGAUUUUGCACUCUUUGGGUAUUGACAAAUGCCUCUUGCAUAAUAUCCACAAGGAUGACAAUGAGUUAUACAGGGAUUGUGGAUUUCAAACCUUCUUGGAAUACUGUGCUUGUUACGGUAGUAAACAAGCAUUUGAAUGGAUUGUUUGA